AUGACGGUCGACAGCAGCUCCUGCCCUCCCAACAUGACGGUCGACAGCAGCUCCUGCCCUCCCAACAUGACGGUCGACAGCAGCUCCUGCCCUCCCAACAUGACGGUCGACAGCAGCUCCUGCCCUCCCAACAUGACGGUCGACAGCAGCUCCUGCCCUCCCAACAUGACGGUCGACAGCAGCUCCUGCCCUCCCAACAUGACGGUCGACAGCAGCUCCUGCCCUCCCAACAUGACGGUCGACAGCAGCUCCUGCCCUCCCAACAUGACGGUCGACAGCAGCUCCUGCCCUCCCAACAUGACGGUCGACAGCAGCUCCUGCCCUCCCAACAUGACGGUCGACAGCAGCUCCUGCCCCCCCAACAUGACGGUCGACAGCAGCUCCUCUACAACAUGA